UGCGCGCGCUCAUUAUCUGUCACAUUAAAACAGCGUUAAUAUAUAUUUUUUUAAAACUUCAAAUGAAGAAAACUGUUACUAAUAAGUGAAUCUGGUCAAAAUCUUCAGGUCUUUUUUUUUUUUUUUUAAAUGUUUUCCUGGUGAACAUUUCAUGGCUCCGGAAUGGAGAUAGCCUUGGUGAGUUUGGAGAACGGCGGCGCGAGAGGGAGCGCGAGCGAUGCCGGAGAAAGCUAUCGGAGCGCACGGGAGCAGCUCACGGCUUCAGGGAGAAACGACGAGUGUGUCAAGGAGCUGAACACGGAACCGAGCUCGUGGAGAAUGAACGACAUGAGCGACACGUUCAGCUGCGCCGAAAGCGCCGUGGAUGCGCUGCUGCGCGCCGACCGCGUCCCUCACCUCUAUGACGAGGACCUAUCGGACGUAGUGGAUGUGGUGGACAACGUGGAGCAUGAUGGGAGCAAUGAGCGCGUGCUCAUUAACAUCGCAGGUCUUAAGUACGAGACACAGCUGGGCACCCUAAACCAGUUUCCUGACACCUUGUUAGGAGACCCAGAUAAGAGGAUCAAGUACUUUGACCCACUUCGGAAUGAGUACUUCUUUGACCGAAACCGGCCGAGCUUUGAUGGGAUCCUGUACUUCUACCAGUCAGGUGGGAAAAUCCGGAGGCCCGUCAAUGUGUCAAUUGAUGUAUUCGCUGAUGAAAUACGGUUCUACCAGCUGGGUGAAGAGGCUAUGGAGCGCUUUCGUGAAGACGAGGGCUUCAUAAAGGAAGAAGAAAAACCCCUACCACACAGUGAGUUUCAGAAACAGGUGUGGCUCAUUUUUGAGUACCCCGAAAGCUCGAGUCCUGCCCGUGGCAUCGCCAUUGUAUCUGUGAUCGUCAUCACUAUAUCCAUAAUCACUUUCUGCUUAGAGACGUUGCCUGAGUUCAGGGAUGAGAGGGAGCUUCAAGCAGCAAGCAGGACAGCUGCCAACUCCACUUUACAAGCUCGGCCAUCUCUCACUUUCUCCGACCCAUUUUUUGUCGUUGAGACCACCUGUGUGAUUUGGUUCACCUUUGAGCUUAUUGUCAGGUUCUUUGCCUGCCCCAGCAAGUCAGAGUUCUCCAAAACGGUCAUGAACAUCAUCGACAUCAUGUCCAUCAUGCCUUACUUUAUCACAGUAGGUACAGAACUGGUGGAGCAGCAGCAUGGUCAGGAUCAUGACAACGGACUGCAGCAGCAGCAGCAGGCCAUGUCACUGGCCAUCUUGCGAGUUAUUAGACUUGUGAGGGUGUUCCGCAUAUUCAAGCUCUCACGGCACUCCAAAGGUCUCCAGAUCUUGGGGCAGACUCUGAAAGCUAGCAUGCGAGAGCUAGGUCUCCUCAUCUUCUUCCUUUUUAUCGGUGUAAUCCUUUUCUCAAGCGCUGUGUACUUUGCUGAGGCUGACGAGCCCGAGUCCCAUUUCUCCAGCAUCCCAGAUGCCUUCUGGUGGGCUGUGGUUACAAUGACCACCGUGGGCUAUGGUGACAUGAGGCCUAUAACAGUUGGAGGCAAAAUUGUAGGCUCACUAUGCGCCAUCGCUGGUGUGUUGACCAUUGCACUGCCUGUGCCUGUGAUCGUGUCCAACUUCAAUUAUUUCUACCAUCGAGAGACUGACCAGGACCAAGCUGCACUCAAGGAUGAGCCCUCCAGUGAUGUCCACGGAUGCAGCAGGUCACCUCCAAAUUCCACAGGAGAUGUAGAAAGUCAGGACACACCAGUGGGAAAGGCCAACAUUAAAGCAAAUAGCAGUACAGAUAUUAAAGAGUCCCUCUAUGCUUUUUGCUUAGACACGAAGGAAACAGAUUUGUAGUGUUUGUGUGAUGAACCUCAAUCACCAACAUUUUAAGGUGUGUUCAUACCUUUAAAUUUAAUUUUAUCAAUAUAGAUUGGUCAAAAAUAUUAACACUCUAAGUCUUAUAGACUGGUAUAAGUAUUUGCACACCUGAAAUGAUCAACAAUCCUGGAAAGUUUAAUUAUUUUUUUCAUUAGACCCUAACAGAGCUACUUCUCAGUUCAACACAACCCGAAUUGAAGAAAAUGUAUUUUCUGAAAUGUACUGUGUUAAAUGUACCGUGUCAGGCUCAUGGUUGGAGCUACAGUAUUUUGGAUUGUUUCAUGCGUGGAAGCAUAUAAAUCAUUUGAAUAAAUUAUAGAGACCUCCAAAGCACAAUUUAGUAUUUUAUUAUACACAUGGACUACGAAGAUUUCACACUUUUUAAUAUAAUUUAAAUCCAUUAAAAAAGGAACGUUUAAGAGUGCUACCCAAAAACAUGGAAAGCUUGUUUUUAUUCUGAAUUCAUAAGGAUAAGACUAUUUUUUUUCCUGAGCUGGACAUCAGAAUCAGGACGGACAGAGAGGCAUAUGGGGAAUACAGGAUCAAUACCUGGCAGUGAGAGCAUUUCCAACACAGGUGUACUCAAUACUAAUCUUCAUCAUGAGGAUCACGUCUAAACUGUCUUACAGAUGAAAGAUCUCAGGAGAAUGGAGGCAGUGAGGAAAGUUUAGCCAUCCUAACUCUUCCCACCUAGUUAACAGUCAUUUAGACAGCUGUGCCUUCAAUCAAGCCCUCCGUUCUUUUGACACUCCCUUCGUGUACAGAAAACACCCAACCCACAAUAUAGUGACAGAUCCUGCUGAUGACUCCAGUUCGGGUUGUUCUCUGCAAACUGAACGAGGAACAUUAAAGGAGGAGUUUCUCCAGGUCGGAGGCUUACCUUUGGUGUGGAACUCAAAUCAGUGCGUAUUAGAAGUGAUCUCUCUCUGUGCAAUAUCCGUCGACAUUAGUGUUGUCACGUGGAAGUAGAUUAUGGACUGACUGUGCUCAGUCAAUUUAUUUUUGUAAUGCUGUUUAUCUAAUUUCUAUUUUUCUAAAGUGAAAUUUCCCUCCAAGUGAUGGACCAAGAAACUCCAAGCACACUUUAAUAAUAGUCACUCAGUAUAAAGGCUUCAGAGAAGAAAAUGCCCAGUUUCUUCAUCAGGGCAAAAGAUAUAGCAUUGUUUCUACUAAGUGGGACUUAUUUUAAUCUAGAUUUAUUUUAGACUUCAGUGUAUAACAGGAGGUUUAUGGGUUUUUUUUAUAGCUUCAUGAGGCUAACCUGACUUAAUGAAGUGGGUAUCAAUACACUGUUGAUGUGUGGCCAAUAGCUUUUUUCUUUUCCUAAUCUUACUUUUUUUAAUCAAUCUCCUGCCUUUCAAGCCAUUUUUCUUCAAUGUUUUUAAAAUGGAUAAUUGAAAACCAAAAUAGAGACCUGAAAUUAAGGGGACAUGGCUGGAAUCAUCACUAAGGAAGUAUAAAAUCUAUGCCUAGAUUGACAUAAGAUCAUUUUAGACACUUUGAUAUGAUAAACUGAUCUUCUUCAGUGUGCUACCUUCAUUAUAUCAACAAUCAAGUGUUGCUUUGUUAUGCCCCAGUGCCGCACGGUUUUGUGUACUAUUUCUCUUUACAUCACAUGCACAUUAUACCUGUUUUACCAAACCAUCUGCAUGCUGAUAAUGUCAGUAGACUAGAGACUAGUCACUGGGGUUUUCAUAUUUAUCUGAACCUAAUGAUGCUCAUGCUAUUAAGAGUACUUUUAAUGACCUC